UUUCGGACAACCCAAAAUAGGCUUUAUGUUCACAUGUCGCAUAACCAAUUCUUCUCCCCAUAACAUUAGAAGCGCGUGUAUUUGUAUUUCCCAUUUUGCCCUUUCUUUCCCUUUGAAAUGGCAGCGCCUCAUCGUCGUCUGCGACCCUCCACAUAGAUCGAUCCUCGCGCCACCAGCGAAGGGCCGUCACCGCCACCGCCACUAGUUAUUCUUGGGAUGUAUUCUUGUGAUAUCGAGAUGAGAUUUUGAUCAGAUCUUAUCCCAUCUUGGAUUGAUUGUGGAGCAGAUAUCACCAAUAUUGUCUUCAAAUCUUUUAGAGAUCUGUUAUUUCAGGGAGAGAGAGUUCAUGAUUAGUGUAACCAAGAAGCAUCAGCGCAGCCCUUUGGAAGAGGGCAAUGCAUAGUUCUAGUGUAAGAUAUAUACCUUGCGGGUGGGCUGCAUCCCCACACAAAGGCAAAUGGCAGCAAAGAUUUGGUGUGCUUCAAGCAAUACAGACCUUCAAGAAGAAAGUUGCUGAAGAACCAAAUGAUGGAGCCAAUUACCUCUCCAUUUUGAUCGAUUGCUUUCGCAGCUACAAUGCUGAGCCGACCCCAUACGCGUACUCAUUCAUCAUUAGAUAUCUUUUCCAAGGGCAUAUGCUCUCCCAUCUUCCUCCAGUCCUCGAUCAUCUUGAGAAAGCCGAGAGAUUUGAUGUUCCACAGAGAAUCUUUGUCAGUGUCAUCCGGAGCUUUGGCAGGGCAAACCGUCUCCAUGAUGCUGUUGACAUCUUCCGCAGAAUCCCAAAUUUUCGAUGCACCCCCUCCGUGAUCUCUUUAAAUGCAUUGCUCUCUGUUCUUUGUAAGAGCAAGGAAGGCCUUGUUCUGGUCGGAGAUGUGUUGUUGAAGACUCCAGAGAUGAACAUUCGACUUGAGGCAUCUACCUUUCGGAUUCUGAUAAAAGCUCUUUGCAGGAAUGGGAAAUUGAAUUCUGCGAUUGAAAUUCUGAGAAUGAUGUCACUUCAUGAAUGCACCCCUGAUGCUAAAUUGUACUCACUAGUUCUUUGUUCACUUUGUAAACAAGCAGGUUCUGAUCAGGUAGUAGAAUUCUUGGAGGAAAUGCGAAAUGCUGGUUUUUUGCCGAAUGCAUUAGAGUAUAAUAGUGUCAUCGACGUCCUAAUCAGAGAAGGCAAAGCAAAUGAUGCUUAUUCUUUUAUAACUCUGAUGAGAUUGGAGGGGAAAAGACCUGACAUCACCAGCUAUAACAGUAUUCUAGAUGGAUUCAUCUUGGCAAAUGAUUUCCAGAAGGCUGAUGAAUUGUUUGAUGAAAUGCUUUUAAUAGGCCUCUUUCCCAAUUCUGCCACUUACAAUACCUAUAUAAAUGGCCUAUGUAAGCAAGACAAUCUUGAACAAUCUCGUCGAAUGAUUACCUGCAUGGAAAGAGCAGGUUGCAAACCUGACAUAGAGACCUUCAAUGCAUUGUUGGCUGGAUAUGCAAAAGUGGGUGACAUGGCUAAAGCAAAGGAGCUUAUGAAUGAGGCUCUUGAUAAGGGCCUCCAAUGGAAUUCACAUAGUUAUGAAAUCCUGAUUGAUGGUUUCAUAAGCAAAGGUGAGAAGGAAGAAGCACGGCAGCUAUUAAUGGAGAUGAUAAGCAAGGGGUUUACUCCAGUGUCCUCGACUUCUAAUGCUUUGACAUGAAGGUUUUAUCGGAAAGAGCUCCCUUUGUGCAGCAACUAAAAUGCAAAGAGAUGAUCCGCCUCGAUAACUCCUGAUGGUAGUUCAUGUCAAGCUUUACUGGUUGGGCUCAAACUGCACUUUCAGGAACCCUUGUUUGCCUUCGAGGACAUUUUUUCAGAAACAUCAUGCGGAUAACUCCCGAUGCGAAUUCAAACCACCUAGUCUUGCUGGCCAUCGUUCAAAAUUUGAUUGUGCGGUUAAGAAGUUUCCGAUGGAUUACUGAUCGUUGCAGUCCAGAUACUGUUGCUUGUGUGAAGAAUCUAACAUGUUAUUAUUCUUUUAGUUUCAUCACGACAUGAGGCGUACACAUCUCAAGUUAAACAAUUUCUGAAGCUGAACUAGAUGUUAUUUGAGUCUUCAGAAAGUUACCAUGGCUUGAUGAUUGGUUCUUUGAUAGUCUCCAUCACCUGCUGCCACAAGCCUGCCAACAGAUGUGACGAUAACAUGUCUAUAAUCUAAAUAGCUGGGAAUCUUCAGGUCAAUUGAGCAUGUAAGGAGUCCGGGAGGGUUCAAUGUAUGCACCGUUACGGCAAGAAACAAAACGGUUAUCUUCAUGGUGGUGAGGAUCAUUAUCAUCCAAGUCGCAAAGACAAAACCUUUCUUCGAACAGAGGCUCGCUCUCGAUGUUCUGCAGGUAAUACGAUAUGCCAACUCUCGGUCCCCUUCUUUUUAGGAAGAUUUCCCAUAUGAGCCAUGAACAAAGAAAAAGCAACUCAAUGCACGCUCCCACAAGCGUUGUGCUCCAUCGACUAAAACCGACCGACCAGCACGAAACAUCCAGUACUCCCCUCCGGAAAUGAACCCUCAGAAGGCCGUUUGCUGUAAUGUGAUGUACUCAUCAGAUGGAGCAACAGGAAUCUAAACACCAAGCUGAUGCUUGUGGCCACGGAUCUAUCCACCUGUGCCUUCAUGUUGGAUUCCCUGACAGACCAACCAAGACAUCUGAUUCUCUAUGUGGAUUCAUCUGCUUCGGUGCCACACUGCAGAAAAGUUGCCAGGGCUUUAUGCCGUUCCCAUUUCUGUUCACUUCAUCCGGUAGUCAUCUCCCGGCACAUGAUGAGAUUCCUUGCAGGGUGGCCACCGAGCAAAAAGGCUCCGCACUAUCCAUGUCAGAAACAAGAUUGUAUGUCUGUCAUUUCAUCGAACAGUUUAGGUCAAGUUGAACCAGUGAUCUUCUUCUCCAAUUUAAGCACGACAAAGAACAAAAAAAGAUAAUAGUAUUAUUAUAUUCUUUUA